CCCGGCCCGCUUCUCGCGUCUCCCCCCAGAGAUGAUGCAGCAGGACGAGUCAAACUCUCCAGUCUCCCCCGCCGACGACAGCUUGAGCAACAGCGAAGAGGAGCCGGACCGGCAGCAGCUGCCCAACAACAAGAGAGGGGGGCGCAAGCGGCGCUCCAGCCGCCGCAGCGCCGUCGGGGCCGCGGACGAGCCUUGCAGCCCGGCCCAAGGCAAGCGGGGCAAGAAGUGCGGGGCGGGCGGGGGCGGCGGGGGCGGCGGCAGCAGCAGCGGAGGCGGCAGCCCCCAGUCCUACGAGGAGCUGCAGACCCAGCGGGUCAUGGCCAACGUACGGGAGCGGCAGCGCACGCAGUCGCUGAACGAAGCCUUCGCCGCCCUGCGGAAGAUCAUCCCCACGCUGCCCUCGGACAAGCUGAGCAAGAUCCAAACCCUCAAGCUGGCGGCCAGGUACAUCGACUUCCUCUACCAGGUCUUACAGAGCGAUGAGCUGGACUCCAAGAUGGCAAGCUGCAGCUAUGUGGCCCACGAGCGGCUCAGCUACGCUUUCUCAGUAUGGAGAAUGGAGGGCGCCUGGUCCAUGUCUGCAUCCCACUAGCAGGCGGCGUCCCCCACUUGCAUCCCCUCGGCAGGAGCCCUAGAUGACAUUGUUCCCACAGAAGGAGAAAAUGGACAAUCUAGAGACUCUGAAGUUGGAUACGAUUUUUUUGGUCUUGUCUAAAAAAAAAAGUCCCAAGGAUUUCUUGGAAAUUAAAAGAACAAUAUCCAAAUUCAAAGCAGGGCAUGGGGAGCACUUAAGGAAAGAGAAAGAGACAAGGGCUUUGGACAGUGACUACCCUUUGGGCGUCGGUACAAUCCACACAUCUCUGCAUUCUGAUAGAAGUCUGAUUCGUUCU